CAUAAAGACGGUUGAUGGCCAUACAAGAUCGGCAACACAGACACAUCGCUUUCUUCACGAUCGAUGGCGGCAGGCGAGUUGGGUAAAUCCACUUUAUUCUACAAAUCAUCGCUGCUUUUCUUUAACGUUGAUUGAUUUUUCUUUUUACUUUUCAGAAGGGAAGACGGUGAAACUAAACGACACAGAAACCAGUCAUGUCUAGUUAUAAUACACCGCCGAAAAAGGAGCACCAUCUACCUGCCCGAAUACCACUGGUUCAAGAAGAUUCAGAUUCCUCUGUGGGUGACGAAUCGGAUGACUCGCCCAAGUUGUUCACACCCAUGUCUUCCCCGCUGUUCCGCCGGACUGGAAGUGUUACCGACGUAUCUCUGGAUGUUUUAACGGAGGAUACCAACAUUAGAAAGAAUUCGGUGUCCAACAUUAGUGCCUGCUCUACGGCCGAGAAAAAUUAUUCAUCUCUGGCAUCACCGAAACUGCAGAGAUCGGAUUCUGUGAAAUAUUGCAAAUCGGCCAAUGGAAACGCGCAUCGGUCGAGCUCUCAUCCAAUGGGGCACUCGACACCGCCUCGAGCCUCGCGGCGCGUGCCAAGUUUAAAACUGAAGCGUCUGAACUUAUCGUCCAAGCAAGACUCAACAGCAGAAGCUACUAUGCCUUGUUUGUUGCAAAGUGGGGCCACCAAUCCUUCGAUUACGAUUACCCUCGACUCAGACAGUGAUUCCGUGUACAGUGACUACCUGAGCCCAGAGAUCAACUAUAAAAACGAUGUGCGUGUUCAGUUUAUCGGUGAUGACACGAGUCUGUACGGAACACCGAAAGAGGAACUAAUCCCCCCUUCACAAGAACCUAACAAUGUUACCGAAAUUAAACCUAGCCCCACGAGUUAUUUGAAGGAUCAAAUUUUAUACUUUUUUCAACCGUCUGAUAACAAACUAGCUAUGAAGUUAUUCGGAAAUAAGAAUGCACUUAUCAAAGAAAAAAUGCGACAUAAAAGAGUUGGAAAUUGGGUUAUACACCCGUGCAGUAAUUUCAGGUUUUAUUGGGAUUUAGUAAUGUUGGUGCUUCUAAUUGGCAAUUUAAUUAUUUUACCUGUAGCCAUUAGUUUUUUUAACGAUGAUCUCAGUACACAUUGGAUCGUGUUUAAUUGUAUAUCAGACACAGUUUUCUUCUUGGAUAUAAUUAUCAACUUUAGAACAGGUGUGAUAUUGAACGAUUUUGCAGAUGAAAUUAUUCUGGAUCCAAAAUUAAUCGCCAAGCAUUAUAUGAGGACUUGGUUUUUUCUCGAUCUAUUAAGUUCUAUUCCGAUGGAUUAUAUAUUUUUAAUGUGGGAUUCGGAGGCUGAUUUUAAUCAGUUGUUUCAUGCAGGUACGGGUGUGGGGGUGAGGAGAAGUUCCACUAAACCGUACUGGCAAGGAAGAGCCCUGCGUAUGAUACGACUGGUAAAACUUUUAAGUUUAUUAAGAUUGUUAAGAUUAUCCAGACUUGUGAGAUAUGUUCAACAGUGGGAAGAGUUUUUAGCAAUAGCCGGUAAAUUUAUGAGAAUCUUUAACUUAAUAUGUCUGAUGUUUCUACUGGGACAUUGGAAUGGUUGUCUUCAAUUCCUGAUACCGAUGCUACAAGACUUUCCUAAGGAUUGUUGGGUUUCUAUCGAAGAAUUACAGGCGCCAGUUUAUGGUCCAGAAAAAGGAAGAACUUAUAAACACAAGAAUUUGAAGGAUGCACAUUGGGCUGAACAGUAUACCUGGUCUUUAUUUAAGGCUCUAUCACAUAUGCUAUGCAUUGGUUACGGUCGUUUUCCACCUCAGAAUAUGUCUGAUACGUGGUUGACCAUAUUAAGUAUGUUGAGUGGGGCUACCUGCUAUGCCUUAUUUUUGGCUCACACAACAACUCUCAUACAAUCGUUUGAUACGUCUAGAAGAAUGUAUAAUGAAAAGUUCAAACAAGUGGAAGAAUAUAUGGUAUACAGAAAAUUACCGAGAAAUUUACGACAGCGUAUAACAGAUUAUUACGAACACAGAUAUCAGGGCAAGAUGUUCGAUGAAGAAACAAUACAUAGAGAACUUAACGAAUGUUUGAGACAGGAGGUCGUCAACCACAACUGUCGAGCUUUAGUAGCAUCUGUGCCAUUUUUUACUAACGCUGAUCCAGAGUUUGUGUCGGAGGUUGUUAGUAAACUAGAAUUUGAAGUUUAUCAAAAUGGUGAUUAUAUUAUAAAGGAGGGUACGAUUGGAACGAAGAUGUAUUUUAUACAAGAAGGAAUCGUUGAUAUUAUCACAUCAGACAAUGAAGUCGCUACAAGUCUUUCAGACGGUUCAUAUUUCGGCGAAAUCUGUCUUUUGACCAACGCCCGACGAGUUGCAAGUGUUCGGGCAGAAACAUACGUUAAUCUCUAUUCCCUGUCUGUUCAUCAUUUUAACGCGGUUUUAGAUCGAUAUCCGGUUAUGCGUAGAACGAUGGAAAGUGUUGCCGCGGAAAGGUUGACGAAAAUUGGUAAAAAUCCCAGCAUCGUCAGUAGCCGGGCUGAUCUGGAGGAGGACCAGAAGCUAGUGAAUGAAAUUGUUAUGGAGUCGACACCCAUACCAACCAGUGCUAGCGAGGAUGAUGAAAAGGAGAGUGAUGACAGUUCGGAGGGAAGCAAACCCAAGAAAAAAUUUAAAUUUGAUUUUGGAUCCAAGCUGCAUAAAAUAACAGAGGAGAAAAAGUCAAAAUCCCGGGAAAAUCUUCGUGACCGGGAUUUGAUCGAUUUUCACACGGAACAUAAAUACACAAGCCAUAUAUGGGGUAAACUUCCCAAGGUGCCUUCUGGGACCAACCUCUUCGGAUUGAAAGUUCCUCAUGUUCCGGAUAGAAAACGUUCUGGGAGUGUUGGGGAUGUUGGGGUACUAUCGGGUAAGAAUCAGGAAGAGGAGGACGACCAGGAAAGGUCGGAGAGUGAAAAACGGAGAGGCAGUUUUCUUGGCAGUAAAAUCUUAAAAGCAUUUGAACACUCCAAACCUAAACGUUUGAAAGAAGCCAAAACCCCGAGUCAGGAAGAUCCACCUACGAGCAUUGACAGUCAAAGCAGCUCCAUAGCAACUGUACAGUAUCUGGUCAUUCCCGAUGAUCCAGUUAAACCCUCCAAGGACCCUAGUGCUAAAACCCACUUUUCGAAAGAUGUUAAAAGAGGAGCAACUGCGCCCAAUUUGCAUCAUCGGCAUAGUUUGACAAAAGACUCUUUACCACAAAAUAAACGACGAAGUUCGUCUUUGACUUCAAGUUCUCCUAAAGACAAUGUCACAACCACACGCGCUGUUGUUACGGAUGUUCCUGUGAGUCUUAUAAAAGACGCACCCCUUAAAAAAGCAAUAGACGUUAAACCCGCCGCGAGACCCCUACAUAAACCCCCAUUAAGUAAAGAGCACCACACUCCUUCAAAGUCACCGCUAGCCAAGGAGCUCUCACAGCCCCUGCCAGCAGCAUCUGCAAAACCAGGAUUGUCUAUACUAAAAGACACGUCUACUCCAAAACAACUUUCAAAGGAAAGUUCUUCAGCUAAAGCAAUACAACCUAUUCUAAAAGACACAUCUCUUUCCGCGAAACCAGUUCACUCCAUAACAAAGGAUGCUUCAUCCAUUAAACCUAUUUUAAAAGACACCUCCCCAACAAAAUCAAUAUUAAAGGACAGUAAGCAAGUCACAUCGACGGAACCGACUUCAACCGUAACUUCAUCCCUUCUGGAUAGUUUGUCGGUGCCCAAAGCAACAAGCAGAAUAAGCCCCGAUCCGAAAGCUACAACGCCUAGAUUAAGUAGCGUGUCAGAAAAUGUCCCAAUGGCCAAAUUAGGGACCACACAAGUUUUGUCGACUGUCACAAAACCUGAAUCGGUUACUGCUGUGAAAUAUUCUGAUCCGCAUUCCUCUACCCUUGAUACCCCAACCCGUUUACACGCCACAGCACCACACUCGCCAUCAAUAUCCUCUUCUACGCCAUCCUCAUCGCCUGCUGUCAUUUCUGUGCAGGCAACAAAAAAAGACGAAGGGCCAAGAUUGAGCACGGGUAUUGAAGUUAAACCACCACUGGCAUCACCAGAGCUUUUGAAACACGAGAUGCAGCUGAAGGCAACAGAAUCCUCUGGUAAGCAGCCUGUCAUAGCUGAAUCUAAGUACCAUGAACACGAUUCUUUUUGUUAAUGUUUUUAUUAGGGACUAGUUUUUAUAUACACAUAUAGAAGAAAACAUUUUUAAUCGAGAAAAGUGUGGAGGUUGCGAGAGUACCGUUAACCGAGAAAGAUUGAGCUCGCCAAGUAUAAGGUGGGUAACCUGGUUGAGCUCAGUUUACAAGAAGUGUGACGGGAAGGGCGUUGGUAUGAUUUCGCUUAAAAUUAAACAUGCAAUCGAUACUGUAAAACCGGAAAUUAAUGCGUAAAAUGCAGCCUUUUGUUUGCUGCGUUGACUUACGCAUUUCUGUUUUGUAAUAUUACAAAUUGCGCCAUGGGUCUCAUAAAUUUCAAUAGCAAUUUAUGUAGACUUCCUUCAGAUCGCCAUUAUUUACGUCAUGCAUUAAUUUUGUGCUUUACAGUAUCAACACAAGCGUUAAUGUAUAUCACGAUGGAUUGCGCUAUACGUAAAGUGUCUGAAAUAUGAGACAUAUGAUGAAUUCCCUGAAGGAAUCAGAAAGUCUUUAAAUUUUAAAAUUUAAGCUAGAAGUUUUAUACACCAAUUCUUUUUUUUAAAAAAACAAGAUAUUGAUUCAAUAUAUAAAUGUUACACCUUCAUAAUAUAGGAUUAUCUCCCUUACUUAAAGAGGCAUUAUCACUCUUAAUGGCAAACACCAAAAAU